UUAUGAAUAUUCUUUUUAUUUCAUAAUUAUGCAUAUGAUUUCUGUUUAUUUUUUUGCCACAAAAAAUUAUGCCACAAAAAAGACAAAGGCAAUCCUCAGAUAAAGGAAAAGACACCAAUGUCAAAGUUCGUAGAGUUAUUAUUGAUUCAGAUGAGGAAGAGAGUGAAGCUGUUGCAGAACAAGUACCAAAUGAUGUUACAGAGAAUAUAAAACAGUUGAAUACGAAUGAGAUCGAUGAGAUUGUUUCUGAGAUGGAUGUUUAUUUACUUCCUGUGGAGGGCAGCAGGAGUUUUGAUUCCGAUGACCAGUCAAAUGGAAAUAUUGUUAGUUUAAAUCGUUUACAAUUUCCUCAGCAACACACAAAUUGGCUUGAAAGAAUAUUUAAUUCUGAAAAAUGUCAGGCUUAUUAUAAGGCUCAAGUUAAACAUUUAAGAUUACGAUUUGGUGAGGAAGAACAAAUUUUUGACGAAAGUAGAGGAGGUGGUUCGGGGAACUCAAAAGGUGGUUCGGGUGGAAUUGCUGAUUUAUUAAGAUCCAAAUCAGAAUUAAAUCCUUCAACUUCUAAUACAAAUGUUGAUGGAAAGAGUUCCGGUGAAGUUUUUAUGGGAGAAGGCUUUUCACAACAUGAGAUUAUUAGUCAUGCGGUUGGACUUUUUAAGGAAGGAAAGCUUUUUCUGUUGCCAGUUGAGAAAACCUAUGAAAUGCGUCGACCAUUAGCAGGUACAAUUGAAAAGGAGGCAUCAAAAUCAGCGACACAAAAGGAAGCAUCUUCUUCACGAAAAAUAUCUUCGGCCUCAUCGGGAUCAAACCUGGCUCCUUUACGAGUAAAAUAUACACGUGCCGAGAAUGAUGUUCAACGAAGAAGACGAGAACAAUCUUCUUUUUAUAAGCAAAAAUUGGUUGAACAAGAUGUUUGGCUUCCACUUUCAAUAAAUAAAUCGAAGGCAACAGAAAUCUAUAGAGAUGAAAUUGAUCAGAUAAUAUUAAAAAGUGGAGAUAAAAAUGAGUGUAAUUCAAUAGAAGAACAAAAAGAUAUAUCUUCAAAGAGUUUACUUUUAAUUUAA